UUUUGAGAGCUGCUGAAGAAGUCCCACUGCAGAUUACAAAGCAGUAGCCAGAACGUUAGUGGUGGUAAAAGCAUCGCAUCUCUGCCCAGUCCUUAAUCUAGCACAAAAUUCUGGCAACCUCUCUAUGCACUCAUGAGAACAUAGUGAACUUUGAUCUCACAAAGUCAUCUUUCCUUGAUGUGACCAACCUUCCAAGUCCUGAACAUUCCUACACCCUGCUAUUGCCUCUCAAUAAAAUGAGGCCUCUGAUUCCAGGAGAUGGAUCUUCCCCUCUUGAGCUACUAAACCGAGGGCCAGACUACCUCCGCAGGCAGCUGGAAGUCAGCAGUGGAGGCCGUACCCCAAGUGCAGUGGAGAGGCUGGAGGCUGACAAAGCCAAAUACGUCAAAUCCCAACAAGUAAUCAACAGCCGUCAAGAACCAGUGCUCCUGUACUAUACCCCUCAAUCUUCCCCAUGUUUCAGGAGACCCCUGACCCUCCAUCAACGUAAUGAGUUCUCUCAAGGCAUAGUGGUAAGCUCAGAUGGCCCUGGGCCUAAAAAGCCACCUCCUUCUCCUCAGUCACCAACAACACGGAGGGGUAGUGGCAGACGCGGGCUGAGGCCUGACUCACUUGUCAUCUACCGUCAGAAACGGGAUUGCUCAUCUGUGAACAAAGAGAACAACAAGGGCUACAGCCUUGUGAGGUGGCUGUUUCAGAGCCCCCUAAGAGACGGAUGUAGCAGUUCCCCUUUUUUGAGGAGCCUGGUAGGAGAGGGACAGCAGCAAGCCGCACAGGAAGAUACUCCCAUGGCCUGGGUAGCAACGGGAAAGGAAGAAACAAGAACUCUGAGCUCCAUCAGCAUCCUAACCAGGUCAAGCACCAGGUCCACGGGAAAGACGUCUGACAACAAUCCGAGACACCAGUCCAGCUCCCAUGUGGAUAAGGACCCAAUCCCUUCCUCAACAAGCCCAGGUCCAAGAAGCUCCAAACGAGAGCUGGCUCCGUGCUGUUCUCUUCCUCUUUCCGAGAAAGAGCGUUUUUUCAACUACUGUGGCUUGGACCGGAAUCUGGUGGAGGUGCUGGGAGCAGAGCGGUUUAAGCCGGGGGGGAGCUGGGAAGUGGGCUCCUCUGGCCUGCUUUUUGGAAGCAUGGGGUCAGCCAGUUCCGAGCGGAGCAGCCCCUCCCACAAUGAAGGGCAGCUGUCCACCGAAGAGCCGGGUGAGAAGCAGCCAGUGUCUGUCUCUGUGAUCGAACGGAACGCCCGUGUCAUAAAAUGGCUCUACAGUUGCCAACAGGCCCGAACUGCAGCCAAGGAGUCUACAGUGUAAACAGAGACUUGGCCUGGAAAAAUGGUUCUUGUUUUGAUGAGUGCUGGAUGGCCAGACCUCCCGUGUCAUGUGAUGGCCUGUUGAGACCCCUGGGGGGCAAGGGCUCUUUAAUUUACAAGGAAAGUUUCCAGUAGGCCAUUGUCUUGGAAGGCCUCUAAUGACCAGAAUAAGCUGAGCCAGGCAG